CUAACCAAGGGUUACUCUACGCUAAGCUCCAUUUCACCCUUGGCUUCGUUCAUUUCAUAUUUGACGCCUCCCGCUGCACGUUUUGAUUGGAUGCACAGCAUUUUGCGUGCACCAAUCGUAACGCGGAAUACAGCACAGGCCAAAAAUCAUAACAAACAUGGCUGCACCCAUCGACGACUGUCGCGUUUGUGGGGAAAUAUUGACUAAAAAGCAAAGACGGACGGUAUUUGGCGAUACAUUUGGGGUUUUUGACCAGCUGUCACAGGUACUAAGCUAUGUCGCUAAACCAAACGACGGUUUAUCGAGAUUUGUAUGCGGGUUUUGCUUCAAUAAGUUGAAUAAACUGCACAAAAUCGAUUACGAUCUAAUGCACAAGCUGGAUGCUUUGAGAUCGGAAAAAAUAACUAUCAUCUCGGCUUUGAAGGAAAAACUUAAAAAUGCCAGGCAAAUACAAAAACCACCUGUAACACCAGUACGCAGUCACAAAAAACGAGUUAUGUUACAUUCGCCAACACCAAGAAAAACAAAAAAAGCGUUGUUUAAGACCCCUACUAAGACACGCACGACACCUGACAUGACUUCCAUAAGUACUAGUGAUACUCCCAAGCAAAUGGUCAUGGUCCAUGCAUCGGGUUCGACGGCAAUAGCAGACAAUAUGCCUGAGUCAAGAGUGAAGUUAAAGACAUCAUUUUCUCCAAACAAAGUGAAGGUCAUGUUUAGAACAAAAAAAGACUCAAAGAUAAGAGCAAAAGUGGUUCAGGAUGGAAAGUCAAAGCAAAUUAUCAAAAAUAUUGCAAUGCAUAAUUCAAAGGACAGAACUGCUAAAAUCAUAAUGGAGUCUACAUUGAAGGAAGCUGUUACCAAAAGAGUCUUGAAAGAGAUAAGAAAUGAAAUAACCAAAUUAACAUCGACCCUGAACAUGUCAGUGCUAAGAAGAAAUGAUAGCAAAAGUUUAGGAACAUUCAAAUUUGCAAAUCUUAAUACAGAAAUCAAGAUUUGGGCACCCUUUUUUCAUGAAUGUAUCUCAACGAUUGUGAAAGACUCUGCCAUUGGAACAGCUGUUGUCUCUGCGAUUUCAUUGAAGUUUCAUAAUAAACACAUGACUGCUUUUCAACAUGUUAUCAGCCAAAUUUUGGACCAUAGUGGAGCUACUGAUGAGACCAUUUCUAUUCUCAACAAACUUGGAAUGUGUGUGUCUACAUCUGCAAUGACCAGAACAAAGAAGGAACUGGUGGAGAGACAGUUAGUCCAUACCAAGGCGUUGAUGAUGGAGGAGAAGGAAGAACUUGAAGCUCCCUCAGUUCAUUUAUCAAAGAUUCUACAAGAUAAAGUCAGCGACAGACCAGGGUACUCUAGCAAAUUUGAGAAACAUCAUUGGACGCGUAGAUAUCCAGGGUCCUGAUCAGGUGAUUGAAAAAUACAGGGCACACUACUCCUUUGUAGAAGACACCCUUGAUGCAUAUAUAGUUGCAGCAUGUAUGCAUUUACUUGACAUGGCUGAAAUGGAAUCAGAUCCCACAAGGAAACAAGUACUUUUUGAUGCACUUGGAGAUGAACAGAGAUACCAGUUUAUCCACACUAUUGCCGAAGAAAUACUUGAUAAAUAUAUCAAAUGUGUUGAUGAAUUGGACAAUAUUCAGCAGAGGUCUGCAGAACUUGAUCUCAAGAAAAAUGCAAUUGCAAACAUGUAUAACAAGGAGGAAGAAAAAUACAAUUGUUGUUAUUGCAGAAAAAGAUACAAGACAACAGGUCAUUUGACACGACAUUUACAAGCUAAUCAUAAUUGGGUAAAAGAAGUAGGUGACCCACAAUCCUCUAUGCAAGACUGUAUUGCACUGUACAGGGGAUCUUUUAUGAAGUGUGCUCUUUUACUCAGGGAUACAAACGACGCAUACAAGAUGGCAGAUGGUGACAGAAUAACUGAAAAUGCAAAAUUUCAGUUGCUCCUUUCCCAUGUUGGCAGGCACACCAAAUAUCAGCUGUGGCUAUUUCGAUUCUUAGCAUAUAUAGUCGCAUUGCUCUCUCCCCGUAUGUCAUACGAGUACAAAUGGAACUGUACGUCAAAUUUACACGGUGGCAUAGGACACAAUAUUCCAAACGAUAACCUCGUCGAGAUUCAAGUACAGAAAAUUAAAAAAAAAAUUCACGACCAAGGAGCAAACUGUACUUACGCAAGUGCACGAAGAGCAGCACUUACCACUCAAGUGCAACAUGAAAUCAAGGAAAACAUACAGCAUGAAUGCCAUAUGAAAGUAUCCGGUAGUAAGAGACCGGAGGUGUCGAAACUGAAUGACAUUGUUGCGAUGGUCAAAGAACUUCAGUCAGCAAAUGUGAUGGACAAUAUAAAUGGAAGAGAGUAUAAUGCUUUCCCAAAGUUUGCUGAUAUUUACUCCCGUGUCAGAAUCAAUGAACUUCAUGAUUGGAUUUCCAAAGGAAAGGAACGUUUGUCAUAUGAAAUUGUUUGAUUUGUGAUUACAAACGUAUGCAUGUGCAUUUGGUAACCUGAUCUUCGCUCUAGAUCCAAAAUACACAACAUGUCUACAUCGUACUUUUCUGUGUAUGCUGAUUAGGGAUAUGUAUAUGUUUAUAAAGAUAAUAAAGACACAAAUAUGAAACAUUAAUAUUAUAUUUACUUUUCUUAACAUUUACAUACUGGCAUACAAUUGUUUGUGUACUGUGUAUCAUAGCUAAAAAUCUCAGGAAGCAAUUUUUAGCCCUUGCAAGUUUUUUUAAUUUGCUGAUUUAAUAUUGUUAUAUAUAUAUAUAUCAAAAUAUAGAAUCAGUAAUAUUUCUUGUGAUGCAAAAAAUUGCCUCUUAAUUAAGAAACUCCAAAAUCUGAGAUGGAAUUGACAAAAAAAAAAUUUCAUUUCAGUCACAUAUCUUUCUGUAGAAACAAAUUCAUUUGUCCUCCGAUUCUUCCUCACUGUCACUUGUCAAAGGCAUUUCCAGCAUUUCUGUUUCACCAAACACUUCAGAAAUUAUAUUAAAAAUCUGAACUGCUACAUCACAUGACCAUAUUGCAAAUGAACUGAGUAUAUCAGCUGAUGUGAAUACAAUGUCACAAUUUUGCACAAUAUCCUCAAUAACUUUGUCUGUGAGUCCAUGAAUAAGCUCUGGUUGAGAAGGUGUACAAAGGGAAAACUUAAAUGCAAAGAGCUUAUCUCUCAAAAACUUUCUCUCUUCAUCAGACACCAACCGUUUCAUGACAUCACUACAUGUACUGUCACCAUCAGUGUGUUCCAGAUCAAAUACUGCAUGUUGGCGCGGACAAACACUUUCACUACACUUACAAAUUUUCUGGCACACAUCACAACAAUUGUGUUUUGGUUCAAUUUGUUCAUGAUUUGUCGCAUAGGCAUGGCAUAAGCAAUAGUGUCUACACUGGGACUCGUCCUUCACAAGUUUCACGAGGUCAUCUUCAACGCGACUUAAAUGUUUCUUGUGGGCAGUGUACAAAACAAGUUCAUGUGCAAAAUUGCCAUCUCGUCCAGCUCGACCCAUCUGUUGAACAAAAGUGUCCAUCUCUCGUGGCAAUCCGUAGUGAAUGAUGUUGUUUAAACCAUAAAAGUUCACACCCAUUCCAGCUGAAUUUGUGCAUAUCAGAAUACGAAUUUUCCCAUCUACUGCCAAAUCAUUUCUUAUUUUUUCUUUUACUUUCUCUGUUGUUUUGCUAUGAUACAUGUUUAUCAUUUCGCAUGCCUGACCGAAAUGUUUUACAAAGAUUGAAUAAACCUUUGAAACAUUUACAAUUGUUUCACAAAAGAU